AUGUUCUUUUUACUUUCAGACACUAAACCUUCUCGUCAGGGAAUCGAAUUGGACGAUCCUGGUGACAUUCAUGGCGUUCCAACCAUCGAAUUCAAUCUGUCCUCGCUUGGUGAGGAGGAUAAGCCCUGGAAGCGUCCUGGAGCCGAUAUAACAGAUUACUUUAACUAUGGCUUCACGGAAGAAACUUGGAUACAGUACUGUGAAAAGCAAAAGAUUCUCCGGCAAGAAUAUGCAAAUGCAACCAUUAAACCUGUUUUAACUGCCGGAGGGGCUGGCUUGUUGCAGCGAAUGCGAUUAGGCACCGCCAACACCGGGAUUCGCUCUUACGAUAACUUCAAACAGACCAACAUCAACGUCAUUGGACUGAGUAAUGCUUCCAAUGCCGCUCGUACUAUCACUGUCGGAAUGGUGAACCAAAAACCAGCAUCGGAUACGGCUGCGUUACUCCUCAACGGCGUCGCAAAUAACUCGGCCAACCUUUUAUCCACAUUUACACAGCCGCCUCCAGGAUACGCCCCCGGCACAACCCAAGCAGACAGCUCCGGGUCUUUCGCCAUGCCACCCCCGGGAUUUGCGGCACUCGGCGCAAGCGGUGCUUCCCAACUGCUGACGAAUGCUGGGACGACCGGGAGCGCAGGAUUGUUCCCCAAUAUUGCCCUUCCUCCACCGAUGUUGAAUGCUUUAUCAAACUGGCCCGGGUCUGUCAGUGUGCACAAUUUGUUGGCUGCUGGUGAUGCUGUCAUUGAUCCCACGACUGGUCAGAUCUCCACCUUACUGGAGCACUCUGGUCGGAGCCCAGAGUCCGUAUACUCUAACGAUGAUCACAGCAGUCGCCGUAAGAGCCGUCACUAUCAUGGGGACGAGUCCGGCUAUUUUGAUAGGGAUUCCUACCGCUCACGAAGACGAAGCCGGUCGGGCAGUCGAGAGCGUCAUCACUCGAGGCACCGACGACAUCACGAUUCGAGCAGAUCCGAACGCGACUAUGACCGUCAUUCGACUCGUCGAUCUCAUCGUUCACGUGAGCGUUCCUCUCGUGACGAUCGCGGUCAGCUGGAUGAUUUGAUGGAUGCAGAUGGAUUUUGUCCGCCCACAUCUGCGGUGUUGCGUAGCAGUGAUCGACGUGAUAAAGUUCGAUCCAGCCGAGACCACUCGCGAUCGGAUCGAGGCGAAGGUUCGGAGAAAAGCAGCCACCGGAGUCACCGUCAUAGUCACGAGCGUUCUUCUCGGCCGUCGCGGUCCAGCAGACACAGGUCCCGCAGCCGCUCACAUCGGCGCGAUGCGGAAUCCCCAGCGAAGACAUCCGCUCACUCCUCCGAGCCCGCAGUUUCGUCCCAUGCAGGUGAUUCUUCGAAGCCAGGUGAUCCUCUGAUGGCGGCUGCUGCAGCUGCUGCCAAUAUCGCGCUUGCUUUGGGUGCAUCUACAAAAUCUACUCCUUAAUGGAUAUUAUUCAGCCUGUGUUGGCUGCGAAUGCAUUAUUGCGUCUGUACAGUCAUUCUUCAUUUGUUUGAAUACAUGUAUUUGCU